AUGGUUUUAGAAAGUGUAUCCAGGAUAAUUAAAGUCCAGCUUCCGGCCUAUCUCAAGAGGCUCCCGCUCCCGGAGUCUAUCGGUGGAUUUGCACGAUUGACAGGAUCUGACCCAGCAUGGAUCAAGACAGUUUCAGAGUGGCUUCGCUUGCUGCCCCUUCUGGGUAUUUUGGCAUUGUUGGGAUAUCUCACCAUUCGACCUUUCCUACCAAAGAAGAAAAAGCAAAGGGACAGUUUGAUCAACCUUAAAAUACAGAAAGAAAACCCUAAAGUGGUAAAUGAGAUCGACAUUGAGGAUUUAAAUAGUGCAAAUGUGUGUUACUGUCGCUGCUGGCGCUCUAAAACGUUUCCUGUGUGUGAUAAGUCACACUUAAAGCACAAUGAGCUGACUGGGGACAACAUCUUCUUUUUGAAGCAAUCUUUGUACGUUAUCAUGUGCAAGGCACUCGCAGGAGGCCAGUCGCUGUGCUGGUUCAUAUGGCACUAA